GAAAGUUUAUUUACUAUUUUUGAAUCUUAUCAAUUUUGUGCUGAAAAUUGAAAAAAUAUUUGCGAGUUCGUAAUUUUAUCGAAUUUAAUCGAAAUUUUCUACUUUAAACCGGCCUUCGUUCAAUUUUCCACUUAUUUCACGAGAUAAUUACUUUCCAACAAUGAUUGAAGUUACGUGUAAUGACCGAUUGGGUAAAAAAGUACGUGUAAAAUGUAAUCCCGAUGACACGAUUGGAGAUUUGAAGAAGUUGAUCGCAGCUCAAACCGGCACACAUUGGGAGAAGAUAGUAUUAAAGAAAUGGUAUACCAUUUUCAAGGAUCAUAUCAAAUUGGAAGAUUAUGAAAUACACGAUGGAAUGAAUUUGGAGCUCUAUUAUCAGUAAUGUAUUUGAUUAAAUUGGACUGGUAUGGAUGCUGAAAACAUGCUGAAUUGGAGAGAUCAUCAUCUCCUGAAGUCCAUUCUGAGAAAUUUUACGAUGGAUUGUCAAUUUUUUCCCCUGUAACUCUCUGUAUCAUGAAAUGUCAUCUCCGAUGUUGUAAAUAUACUUUUACUACUUA